AUGCGGGAAUUUCCCACACAGAAGACAAACCUACUAAAGAUGGGUGCUGCUCAAAUGCAAACCAACCACUUGUCGCAUUUCAUUCUCGCGGCAGAACUGUGUCCCCUUAUGGAAGCAGAAGCAGCAGUGACGGGAGAAGCUAGAUGUGUGUUCAUGUCUAGUGGAGCUCGUGCAACAUGCGAAAAGAAGUAUUUAGAAAAGAGAUACUUCGAGAAACAUGGGGGUAACUUGGGUGAUGAGGGUAAAUCUAUGCUGUUCGCAACUAUUGUUGGCGGAGGGAAAAGCUUCCGGUAUUCACAGUCUAAAUUGGCCAACAGUGUAAUGAUGUAUGCGAUGCAUGAAAAAUUGCAAGCCAAAGGAUCCAAGGUCAAAGUCUUUUGCGCGCACCCGGGCGGUUCCAGGACUACUCUGGGGGACAACAUCGAACUUCCCUGGCUCGAAUGGAUGCUGAUGAAAUAUGUGUUGAUGCCUAUGUUUCAGUCCGCAGAGGAUGGGACCUUGGGUGAGUUAAUAGGUAUGAUGGCCGAAGAUGCCCAGUCGGGCGUGUUAUAUGAGCCUCUUGGCAAGGGAGGUCUUGCGGGACCUGCUGUUCCUAAUCCCCCUCAGCCGUAG